AUGGGUACGAAGGAGGCCGCGGAGCUCCUGAACUCUUUGUCUCCGGAGGAGCUGGUGGAGGUGGCGGAUCAGUUGUCACCAGGCGUCUUACAAACCUUAACAGGAAGGUGCCAACAGAGAAUUCUGGCUAUUCAGGCCGGGAAGGGCUACGGAAAGCCCAACGGCAAGGUGACCCUUGGCGGAAAAGGUAAAAAACCCAACGGCUUCAGCAAUGGGGCCAAUGGGGGUGUCAAAGCUGGUGGCAAGGUUGGAGGCAAGACGAGAGAGAAGGGCUCGGUGCCGAUUCCAGAAGCGUUAGAACACCCGGAAGAGCUUCCGGCAACAGCAGCGACUGGCGAACAGGUGGCUUUUCAGGUCAAUGCAGGCACACCGUGGCAGUUCGUUGGCGAGGAGUCAACUUGUUUUAGGUGGGAGCUGCAAGACCGCAACUCCGUGACUGAACAGGACAAAACGGAGGUUCGCGAGAUCCUCCAGGCCUAUGCGGAGGAACAUGGAAUCCCUUUGAGGGGCCCGGAGGGCAUCAAGCUGGCCCUACGCCGCGGCCGACAUUGGGUGUCGUACGCUGGCGGAAUCUCCUCUGUGGAGGGCAGGUGA